CUUCCAUUUUUCCCGCAACAAGCAAGUGUGUAACGCCGUAGGAGCACGACAGGACAUUUUUUUGCAGUCAAAAUGCCCAAACGAGCUUGUCCUUUUCAGGAAACCUUCUCCUCCCAAUACAAAAUACAUAUCGGACAACAAGAGCUGAAUAAUUACGGCGUAUAUGGCAACAAAUACAGGCAAGAAAUCCACGAAAAGACAAAAAACUUGCUCUUCAAGGGUGCCAAGGCUGUGAUGAGCAAAAUAUGGACUGGAGAGGAGAGGUGCACCGACCCGCAACCCGCUGGACAAGCUGAGACACUUGGCUGCAGCCAGGCGCUGCUGAGAGGACAGACACUGAUUGGACAUGAUGGGAGAUUGACCAGAACAAACGCUGCACAAGGUGUGGCAGUGGCUCCUACAGUCUGCUGUGUGUGUCAGAAAGCCCAGGGGACCAGGACACCAUGUUCCCAAUGUGACCGUCUAGCCUGUUCCUCCUGUACCCAGCAGUGCUCCUGCUGCUCCAGCCUUUGCUGCUCUGUCUGCACCAUCAUAGAUUACAGCGGGCGCUAUGAUGAAGUAUUGUGCUGCAGUUGCUCGACGUAAAGGAAGAACAAAGAAGAGAUCGGGAGUUCAUGUUUGAAGACAUGUAGUUGCCUCACAUGAGAUAUAACUAAGACUGCAUUUUACACCUCUGAUUUAUUUUUGUCUCUAAAUGUUUUCUUGUGUGUGUGUGUAUAUAUGUAUUGCAUUCCAAAAUUAUCUGAAAUAAACUUGAACACUUUUGUAUGCA